UUCACAAACCGCAUCACACAGUUGAUAGACCGUCCCACUGUGAGACUAUCUGUUGUGCUUUGUGGAGACAGACGGAAUUUCCGAUUAGCUUGAACUUUUAUUUAACUCCUUACUGCUGUCUUUGUUUUCUUUUCAUCCAUUGUGUUUGUUUCUUUGAUGGCGCGGGCUGAACAAGAUGGACACGGUUUGUCUGCCGGAAUGAAACUUGAUAACAGUUUCAUCCACUAAUGUAGCCCGCAUCGAUUGAUCCGCUGGAGACUUGUCUACAGAAAGUAGACAAACUGGCCCGUGUCUACCUCGUCAGACUACGAUGAACAUUUCUCCCGUGGAGUUUCGGUAAACUUUCCCCCCCUCCCCUCUCAACGACUCGCCAUGUCGGGAGUGGUCCGCACUCUGAGCCGCUGCCUGCUCCCGGCCGAGGCCAGUCGGGACACGGGCGGCAGCAAGGAGGGGACCCGGGAAAGGAACGCCGCGCAGGAGCGCGAGGCGAAGCGAAGGAGCCGCGAGAUAGACGCCAUGCUGGCCCGGGAAAGGAGAGCCGUGCGGCGGCUGGUCAAAAUCCUGCUGCUGGGCGCCGGGGAGAGCGGAAAGUCCACGUUCCUCAAACAAAUGCGCAUCAUUAACGGACAGGAGUUUGACCAGAAAGCGCUGCUGGACUUCCGGGACACCAUCUACGAGAACAUACUAAAGGGCAUGCGCGUGCUGGUGGACGCCCGAGACAAGCUGGGCAUCACCUGGCAGAGCUGUGAGAAUGAGAAGCAGGGCAUGCUGGUGAUGUCAUGGGAGGGGCGUGUGGGGGCCUCGGGCGUGGAGCCCAGUGAGUUCCAGCUGUACGUGAUGGCGCUGAGCUCGCUGUGGGCUGACGCCGGCAUACAGCAAGCCUAUGCACGACGCUCAGAGUUCCAACUGAGUGAGUCCGUCAAGUACUUCCUGGACAACUUGGAUCGAAUUGGACAACUGAACUACAUUCCCAGCAGGCAGGACAUUUUGUUUGCCAGGAAGGCCACCAAAGGGAUCGUGGAGCACGACUUCGUCAUCAAAAAGAUUCCCUUUAAGAUGGUGGACGUCGGCGGUCAGAGGUCGCAGAGGCAGAAGUGGUUCCAGUGUUUCGACGGGAUCACCUCGAUUCUCUUCAUGGUGUCGUCAUCCGAGUACGACCAGGUCUUGAUGGAGGACCGCAGGACCAACCGUCUUGUGGAAAGCAUGAACAUCUUUGAGACCAUCGUUAACAACAAGCUCUUCCUGAACGUGUCCAUCAUCCUCUUCCUCAACAAAACAGACCUGCUGGUGGAAAAGAUCCGAACGGUGGACAUCCGGAAGAACUUUCCGGAGUUCAGAGGAGACCCGCGCAGGCUGGAGGACGUGCAGGCGUUCCUGGUGCAGUCGUUCAGCCGCAAGAGGAGAAACCGGGGGAAACCACUGUUCCACCACUUCACCACAGCAGUGGACACGGAAAACAUCCGCUUUGUCUUUCACGCCGUCAAAGACACCAUCCUGCAGGAGAACCUCAAAGACAUCAUGCUGCAGUGACUGUCUCGCCAUCCAAGACGGCUUCUCUGAGAGUAACUGUGAAUUUAGGCUUUGAGGACUCCUGAAGCUCUGCUCACGCUGACACCACACAACCAUGACUGUGCAUGGGUGCAGCAGUCAGACUGAACCCCGGUCCCGUGGAGACUCAGCUUUUAACCUGUGGAAAUGCGUCUGAGAGUCUGAAUGUGUGUAGGGGGGUGGGAGUAUCAUCAGCGUGAGCGCGGAAAGUGUUUCUUCCUUUUUGUGUAAAUAAAAAUCCUGACAGCCGUGUCACUAAACGCAGCCAGACUGCAGCUCACGCUGCGCAGAGACAGAGCGCCAGGAGGAAGAGGCGGGGCAAAGGUUUCGGAGGCGAGCGCAGCAAAGUUUGGAAGUCCACGUGAUGGAGGGGUGAGGGCGCGCACUGGUCAUAUGCCGUGUUGUGUGAUAAGGUUGCACAAGUGCUCUUGUCAGGGCGGUUCGGCAGGGAAACGGGGGGGAGCGAGUUCUCCUGUGACCCCUGUCCUCUUCGUACGUCCGCUCUCAUCUUCCCACCGUCGUUUAGAGGAGCAACAGCUGCGGAGAACAAGUCCUCCUCUCUGAGGGUCUCCCUGCGCUCCUGUCAAGCAUAAUAGACAGAUUGUUCAUCUGCCUCUCCAGCAGAAGCGGGAGACGCCUAAAUGGGAGAUCUUUGUUUAAGCACACACAGAUCUUAGUUAUGUAUUACUUACGGGCUGUCUCCUUACCCCAAUCCCUCCAUUUCCUCGCAGCUGUACCAUUGAUCCACACCUAACUCCAGGCGAGAGCUUUCUGCUGCGCGGUGAGACGGCCGGCUGCCGUUUCUGUGCUGAACAUGCAGGGGGAACAGCAGAAAGAGACGGAAGUGCCUCUGCAGGCGUCAGGCCUAAAGCUAUGUUCACACUGGCCUCUGCAAUGCAUGUUCAAACGAGAGGGACCUGACUGCAGACAAGACGGCGCCUGACAUCAUUUGUCGGAAGGGGAAUUUAUACAACUUGUCUAAACAAUACCCAAAAGUGUAAAAAAAAAUUCUUAAGGCUUAACACAAGAAAACCCGCCAGUUGAAAUUGUUGCAGUUUGGGAGUGCUUUCAGUUCUGGUGGAGGACUUCCGGUUCUGUACGUUGAUGUCUGUAGCCAGGUCUUCUUGGUUCAAGCGGCCACUUCCAAUAAAAGGUCUAUGCAAACGUGCGUAACUGCACUUUUUGGGCUUUCACGUUUAAAACGCUUGCGUUCACCUCUCGCGAUUCAAGUUACUAUGACUGUUUACUGUUUCUAUGUCCGUUGAACGCGCGUUGAAAGUUGAACCAGGUCAAACUUUGACCAAUCAGGGACUCAGAUUUGGUAGUGACAUAUGAAUUACGUCCCUUUUCAUUCACAGAAGUGCCAACUAUUUAAAAAGUGAUCAUGGAAGACAAAUGAAUAUCGGAAUAGAGCUGUGAAAGAAAAAGCCUGGAGCCAGAUUUGCACUGCUUUAGCAUUUCGAACCAACUGAAGGUGGCAGACAUGCGCUAGUAAACAGUAACAAAAGAAGAAGAAGAAGCCCCUCCCUGCUUGUCCAGUGUGAACAUUAUGGGCUAAGCAUGCAUUCAAGAACUUUGUGUGAACGUAGAAAGCAACAAAAACGCCAUCCAAACACGUCCGACAGAAAAAAACACACCAAUACUUCUUUAAAUUAGCAUAAAAAAGAGCUGGAGAUGUUCAAAUAUUCAGCUGUCCUUUCCUCAGAUCUGGCCUGAAGCCGCCAAAGGUCAGCUGAGGACACGGAGCAGUUUGAAUGUGAUCGCAGAUUAGCGGCUCUUCUGAAGCACAGCUGUCAAAUAGAUCACACUUAGGAAAAGGAAAACGCGGAUGGACGUGGGCACUUCCUCCGUUCGUUACCGGGGUUACACGACCGCCUCUGCGAUCCGCUGCGACCAUCUUGAGUGAAUGAAUUCAACUACUGUGUGACAAAAAGCACGACCUCUGGAGAGGCCUACUACACUUCAGCCAUUUCCAUAAAAGCUUUUCUCAGGUAGUUCUGACCAAAACAUUUCCAAAGGAGUGUGAAUAUCAGUCCACACUAACAAAUUAUGGGAAUUUGUUCUUGUUCCCAUUUUUUAUGCGUAGCCCCAAUUCUGCUUCCUCUGGUUUAUUAUUUGAAAGGCAAUCCAUUUCUUUAUAAACACAAACAACAAAACAAGCCUUUUAACCACUAUUAACCGUUGUGCUAUCUUAGAUGACCCCACCCUUACAUUGACGUGUUCUCCCUACCAUGAUAAAGGUGGAAAAAUUUCAUGUAAUCCAUGGACACCAGUGAAGAUCACAAAUCAUUGAAGAAAAAAGGUUCAGAGCACUGUCUAGUGGGUCUAGAUGACCCAACUCCCAAUGUUAAAGUGCCUAGGAUAGCACAAGGGUUAAAGGAAAUUGCUAAAAAUCUGCAUUUUAUCCACAAAAAUAAUUUUUCUGUGCAGAAAUUUUUUUUUAAACCGGUUUGUUACUGAAAUGUUUUGUUGUUUUAUAUUCAUUUGGACUCAGAGGCUUUAACAGGUUGGAGGUGAAGUGCUCUUCCUGGUUUUAGGUUGAAAAUCUGUCAGCAAAAACCAGACGGCAGACUUUUGUCACACCACGCUGCGUCCCAUGGAUUUCCUUUCAAAAACAUGUCUCCGUGCUCGGCACACUCCUACUUCCUGCACAUUUGAAGCUUGUAAAUGAAUGACACUGUAAUGUUCACCCACAACUGUAAGUCUGUAACUGUUGCUGUAAUGUUUGUUCUUAACUAACCUACCUUCCCCACUUCAAAAGUGUUUCUUUUUUUUUGUACUUUUUUUUUUUUUUCUUUUUAAGUGUGUCAUUGCACUGGAUGUGUGGGAGACGGGGUGGCAGGAAGGGAAAAGCGUCUGAGGAGGAAAAAAAGGCAAUGAAACAAAUAAACGGGGCCAAACAGGAAGAACCCGGAA